GAUCUUGUGGUGGGGAUCUUGUGGUGGGGACCUCGGGGUCUUAACAAGUUGGAGCUGGAUCAAGAAUCCUGCAAGGGGACCUUCUGGUGGGGACCGGCGGAGCCUCAGGGUCUCCGCAAGUAGGGAAAGAUCAGGACCUGUUGGAGAAAGUUGGAGAAAGUCGGAGAAAGUCGGAAGCUCCCUGUUUUGCUUUGGGGAGGGUUGGAGUGACCGAGAAGACGACGAAGGGAGAAGGGAAGGCAGCAGGAGCCCCUGCCGGGAAUAUGGGCACUUUGAGGGACUUGCAGUAUGCUUUGCAGGAGAAGAUAGAGGAGCUAAGGCAAAGGGAUGCUCUGAUAGACGAGCUGGAGCUGGAGUUAGACCAGAAAGACGAGCUCAUCCAGAGAUUGCAGAAUGAAUUGGAUAAGUAUCGUUCUGUCAUCAAACCGGCCACCCAGCAGGCUCAGAAACCUUGUACCUUGGGGGAACAGAGGACCAAGAGGCAGGCUAUAUCAGCUGAGCCAACUGCCUUUGACAUCCAGGAUCUCAGCCAUGUCACUCUUCCUUUCUACCCCAAGAGCCCACAGUCCAAGGAAUUAAUUAAAGAAGCAAUCCUGGACAAUGACUUCAUGAAGAACCUAGAGAUUUCCCAGAUCCAAGAGAUAGUGGAUUGCAUGUAUCCUGUUGAAUAUGGCACAGACAGCUGUAUCAUCAAGGAAGGGGACGUGGGGUCGCUGGUCUAUGUCAUGGAAGAUGGCAAAGUAGAAGUUACAAAAGAAAGUGUGAAGCUAUGCACCAUGGGACCAGGCAAAGUAUUUGGAGAGCUUGCAAUAUUGUACAACUGCACCCGCACAGCAACCGUCAAAACACUUACAAAUGUGAAACUGUGGGCAAUAGAUCGACAAUGUUUUCAAACUAUAAUGAUGAGGACAGGGCUAAUCAAGCACACCGAAUAUAUGGAAUUUUUAAAAAGUGUACCAACAUUCCAGAGCCUUCCAGAAGAAAUACUCAGUAAGCUAGCUGAUGUACUAGAGGAGACUCACUACGAAUGUGGAGACUACAUUAUUAGGCAAGGUGCUCGAGGGGACACUUUCUUCAUCAUCAGCAAAGGAUUGGUGAAUGUUACGAGAGAAGACAUCCCAGGUGAAGAUCCAAUAUUCCUCCGCACUUUAGGAAAAGGUGACUGGUUUGGAGAGAAAGCUCUUCAAGGGGAGGAUGUUCGAACAGCAAAUGUGAUUGCUGCUGAGCCUGUGACUUGUCUUGUGAUCGACAGAGAUUCUUUCAAACACUUGAUUGGGGGUUUAGAUGAUGUCUCCAACAAGGCAUAUGAAGAUGCAGAGGCUAAAGCAAAAUAUGAAGCGGAGGCAGCGUUCUUUGGCAAUCUCAAACUUACAGACUUUAACAUCAUUGACACGCUUGGUGUCGGAGGAUUUGGAAGAGUUGAACUGGUACAGCUAAAAAGUGAGGAAUCAAGAACAUUUGCAAUGAAGAUCCUUAAAAAGAGACACAUAGUGGAUACAAGGCAACAGGAGCACAUUCGGUCUGAGAAGCAGAUCAUGCAGGGCGCUCACUCUGACUUCAUUGUAAGGUUAUACAGAACAUUCAAAGACAGCAAGUAUCUAUAUAUGCUUAUGGAAGCCUGUCUAGGUGGAGAGCUUUGGACUAUUCUCAGGGACAGAGGCUCAUUUGAAGAUUCUACAACAAGGUUUUAUACAGCUUGUGUAGUUGAGGCCUUUGCUUAUCUGCAUUCCAAAGGAAUAAUUUAUAGGGACCUCAAGCCGGAGAACCUUAUUUUGGACCAUCGAGGUUAUGCAAAGUUGGUUGACUUUGGCUUUGCAAAAAAAAUAGGCUUUGGAAAGAAAACAUGGACUUUUUGUGGUACCCCUGAAUAUGUAGCUCCAGAGAUCAUCUUAAACAAAGGUCAUGACAUUUCAGCAGACUACUGGUCACUGGGAAUCUUAAUGUAUGAACUCCUGACUGGCAGCCCUCCGUUCUCAGGUCCAGACCCUAUGAAAACAUAUAACAUAAUACUAAGAGGAAUCGACAUGAUUGAAUUUCCAAAGAAGAUUACCAAAAAUGCUGCUAAUUUAAUAAAAAAACUAUGCAGGGACAAUCCGUCAGAAAGGUUAGGAAACUUGAAAAAUGGAGUGAAAGACAUCCAAAAGCACAAAUGGUUUGAAGGCUUUAAUUGGGAAGGUUUAAGGAAAGGUACAUUGACACCUCCUAUUGUACCAAGUGUUUCAUCCCCCACAGACACAAGCAAUUUUGACAGUUUUCCAGAAGAUAAUGAUGAUCCUCCUCCUGAUGACAAUUCAGGAUGGGACACAGACUUUUGAUGCAUUUUCUUUCCUGCUUCUGCCUUGCUGAAGACAGCUUUCCUGAAAUAUGGCUGCCAAGAGAACAAAAGAUGGAACUGGGGAAGAAUAGUGCUCGGGGUCACCAUGAUGCCUUGAUUGAUGCUGCUAUAGUUACUACAGUGGCAUUAGGACUUAUUGCUUAGUUCACAAUAACCCUCAUAUAACAUAUUUUAUGUUUUGCCCCCCCUUAAUAUAGCAGUUGACAUGGUGGUCCUGAAGCAAAAGCCUCUUCACUAAAAGUAUAUGCUUUCUAUUAUUGCAGAAUUCACCAUUUACCCUUGAUCAGUAUAAUGUAAAAUGUAUUAAAACUGUACAUAUUUUGUAGCUAGUUCUAUCCAUUGAAAGGGAUAAUUUAUUUCGGUACAGUUGACUAUAUAUGGCGAGAACAACUCAAUCUUUAGAAUAUGGCCAUACCAUAUUGGCCCUCUGACUGCAAUCCUAGUGUGAAGCCCACAAUCCACUCGCUUGUUGGGGUAGAUACGACUUGCUAGCCAGCAGCAAAAACCGCAGCCAUAGAGUCCAAUAUGGUUAUGCCUAUUAUAAAGUAUGUAAACGAAUAACUUACUGCAGGUCAGAGUAAGUGUGAAAAUAUUUAUUAGUUGUAUCCCAGAUGUGUCCUGCUGAAAAUGAAUAUCUUUUUCCUCCUUACUUUCAAAACAACGUGACAAUUUUAACAAAGUGUGCCUGUUGACUGAGCUUAAUAGAGGCAGCCUUUUUUUGUGAUGACAUAUUUACUUUUUUAUAAAGGUUCGUUUCAUGAAAGCCUUUGAUUCCGAGUAAAAAUAUGGACUAUAUUCCUGUGACUAUUACUGAAGCUCAUAAAGUAGCUGUUGUGGAACAUAAAGGCAAAAUAGGCAUAUUGCAGGACCCACUUCUGUUAAAAGACCUAUGCCGCCAGUACUAGGCAAGUUAAUGAGUUUGCUGAUGUUGAGGUAUGCAUAUUUGUAGUAUGUAAUGAGUAUGAAAAUGCUUCAGGCAUGCAUGAAACAAAGGCAAUGGGUUUUUUGUAAGUGCCUUUAGCAAGCAUUUCCUGUAGUAGACCCUUAUAUUAAGAGACUCUGCAAAAAAUUUCAACGAACCCAAUAGACUUUCAGUACUGGCCAAGCUACCUCUGUUGAGUGCUGACAACAGGAACUCUUUUUAUUAUAUAUGGUACAAGUUUCCCUGUAUAUUGAUAAAAAGGACUUUGUUAUAGCCCAUUCAUUGUGAGGACCACAAUCAUUUGGUCAUUCUAUGUUCAUGUCAAACCAAUUCUUGAAGCUGUUUUUUGUUUUGUUUUGUUUCAUUUUAUUUUUUUGUUUGUGUUCAUGACAAGACUGAAUGUUAACCUCUAUCUUUUGUUAGAUUUUUAACAAUUCUAAUAAUAAAAAGCACAACUGAUGCAUAUGCUGUUGAAAAUUA